AUGAAAGUUGUGGGGACAGUCUCAGUCGUCAAGGUCCUCUUUUUCCUGAUUCUGGUCACCUCAGCUUAUGGACUACAAAGAGGUAUGUAAGGUUGAACUUGGUGAACUCGUUGUUUUUGUCAUUUCUUGUCAAAAGGGUGGGGGAAAAAAUCACAUAUUCUAUGAAUCAGCAAGAAUUCUGUGUAGUUCAAAGAUUGGAUUAUUGUAAUGAUCUCUCAAAAGAAGCAGGAAACUGUAUGUACAUUUUUGUCAAACCUCCCCUUUGAAUAUAUGAAUAUGUGAGUGAUCAAUCAGCGCCACCAAAACAACCAACAGUGGGAAGCUUCAAGAAAAAUAAAGUCAUGGUUUAUCAUGAAGAGCUUCCUCAUUCUUGCAUCUGCCCCCGCUGAAAAGGAUGAAGAUUGAGUAUCUUCAAAGUUGAUUGGCGUUCAUGCAGAUCAUCAUACAGGGAAAAGGAGAAGGUGCUGACAUGGCUACAUGGUGUAAAUGUGACUAAAUCUAUAUCCUUCCUACACUUUGCUAUAUCCCCUCUGCAGGGGGUUGUAAAGGUGCUUGGGAGCCUGCUAUUCCUGCUAUGCUCUUUCUACUUCUGUUUUCAGUUCCUCCACAUCAGAAAGGAACCUGUUUUUUUAAAUCUGCAUGAAAAUAAAUGUAUUUCUGUAUUGAGAGGGUGAUUUAAAUAAUUAAAAAGUCACUUAUUUCACUUUUGCCAUUUGCAGUGGAAACAUAAUAAGCCCGGGGAGAAUGAAACAUACGUACUUCUUCUGGGCCUGUAAAGACCUCAUGAAGUUUGGUCAUGGCGUCACAAUUUCAGGACAUGUGAGAUGGGUACCAAAUGCUGGCACAAUUUUAGAGUCACAUGCACAGGCCUGUAGAGUAGAUCAUUGACAUACAAUACAUGUUUUAUAAGCACAGAUGAAUAGUGUGUGCUGCUGCACACUGGAUCAGAGGGACAGCUGGUGUAGAUGCUGGCACAUUCUGCCAGGUUAGAUAUCAUAGCUGGUGAGCUAGGUGGGGUCUUGUAGGACUGUGCUUGGCAAGCAACCUGUGCUAUGGGCUGUAUGUCAGUGAUUAAAAGCCUGAAAUGCACAACUGUAUGUAGAUGGCAUCUUCUCAUUGGUCCAAAUCACCAUAGGCAUCCUGUCAGGGACAACCAAUAUAUUGAUUUAUCUGUGAGUCAUGUUUUAUGAGUAUGGAGCUUUUAAAGAGUUCGCUCAAGAUGUAAACACAUCAGGAAACAGAAUCAAAGGAUGUUUGGUUUUCCCUGAAAUUUUUCAGAGUCAUUUGAGUUUUGUCUAAAGCUACAAUUUCAGUUAACAAACAUGGAUGUUUACCUUAUUUAUUCACUGUUUCCUCAGCUGCUGAUAGAAAUUAUUUGUACAGUCUGGGUUUUAGAGGAUUCUGCUCUACAUGGAAGCUACAGCCUAAAACUCAAUUUGAUAAAACAUCAACUUGAGGUUGUUUAAAGCUCCUGUGAGGAACUUUUGGUUUGUGUCAGUUUUGGCGCCCCCUUGUGAACAAAGAGUCUGUGCUUAUCUUGUCUGCUACAUGCUUCAGUAAUAACUCAUGACAAAAAGUCUCAUCCUGCUGACUUUUCCCACUCAUAUGUGUCAUUUACAAUGAAUACAGGGCUGGGCCUCACACUGGUGUCAGACAAUAUAGAGACGAUUUUGUUUCUCAUCGGAAGGCAUCAACAUGAAUUUCGGUCUAUUCUGUAAAUGUCAGAAAACUUCUCAUAGGACCCUUUCGAGUUAAUGUUAUUCUCAUGCAAAUAGCAUACAAUUUUUAACUUUUAUUAGAGCCAUCUCAACCUUUUCCUAUGCUUUUUGUGGUAUAGCAUGAGAGAACAACAUUAAAAUAAAACAGUAAAGCCUAAUUUUAAUGGUCUAACUCUUUAUUUAAUGCUAUCAAACUGUAAACUAUAAUCUGUGGACAGUAGAGGAAUCAGUGGCUGGUAGCAAACUUUAUACACCCAAAGACAGACUACUUCAGUUGUUGCUAUUAGUACACUAGAGUAAAACAUGCAAGAAGAAUGAGCACUUACAUUUGUAAAAGGACCUCUGUAGGUGGAGAAGUUGCUCAACAUGUCUGUGUGAACCUCUACAGAACAAUAUAUGAGCCCCUUACAGACAUCUAAUUCACUGACAUGCUUAAGAACAUCAUGAUCUUUCUUCAUCAUUCCUCUUUUUUGACCAAAAAUGAAAAAUCAUGGAAAAAAACUAUCUUGUCUGUUGGAGUCAGAGAGUGCACUGUUUGCAAUUUGACUUAAAAGCAUGGAAAAACCCCAGAGGACAAACAGUUGAUCACCAAAGGGACCGCAUGGGAUGUUAUAAGUUAUGGGCUCCGAUGAAGGUCACGGCUACGGGAAAGAAACUGAGGUAAAGGGUGAUGAAGAAAACACAAAGGAUGGAGCGAACGAAACACAGAGGAGAUGUAAACAUGAGUAGAGGAGUUAUAAUGGAGGUUGGUACGAGAAACUAUGUCCUAAGAAAUAAGUAACUUGUACAAGUUCAACUUUUUGCUCAAACAUGAGGAUUACAAAUACAGUCCAUGAUCAUUACGAAGAGACGACAUCAGCGAAGUAUUUCCUUGCCAGCGAUCAAAAAGGUCAAAUAAUUAUACUGAGAUGUACCACAUGAAACUAUAUUUACACAAGGAUCCAUGCAACCAAGUCUGCAAGACUUCUCGUGCACAACAACAUCUCUCUGAGUAAAUAGCUUUUGCUCACAUCAAUACAGUAUGUUCCCAAUGCCACUGCUGACUCACUUGUGCUGACUAAGUUUAAUGUUUGAGUUCGCCGUCACAGAUCAGCAUGUUUGCCUGCUAAUUACCCGAAAACAAUAUACAGCUGAGUCCGAUCUUAGUGUGCUUACAUCGGUUUGCUUGAGACCAAAAUAGUGGAUAAGACUGAUGCCGUGUCCACAAUAGAUAACCACCUAAGUUAUCAAAGUUUCAGAGAAGAGUACGUGAAGAAGUUCCAGCUGAUGGUUUGUUUUUCUUAUUGGAUGUAAACUUACGUCACUUGAGUUGAUUCUUUAGGAGCAGCACAAGUUUACACAGAGUUUCAGAUCAGCUCCAGACAUCUAUAGGCAUUUCAUCAAGUGGUGGAUCCGCGUUGCCAAGGAGGCUAAAAUAAACGUUUCGUGAUGCAUACAUCCCAUAACUAAAACAGCGAUUCUAUAGAUUUAUCACUCUCUCUGAACCUUGGCUGCAUCCCAAGUGUUAAAAACUGAGUCCUAACCUCAUGUCAGGGUUUCACUUUGAUUUACGAGAGCUUUCUCCUUGUCACCUUUUCAUGAGCCAAACAGAAACGCUGACCUCGACUUGUGGAUUGGGGGGGUUGGGGGAAUUGUUUGCUUGUAAUGCUAUUGUGAAAUCUUUGUUUCACAAUAGACAAAACAAGCUCAGUGUCCUUCAGAUCUUUAGUAUUUCCUUUCUAUCUUUUCUUUUUCCACUCUUCCCUGGAUUUGUUUUCUCCAGCUCUGUUCUUUCCCUUUCUUCUCCCCCCUGUUUUCUAUUUUGCCUCUUCCUCCCCGUAGUUCAUAAAAAGUUUAAAGUAACCCUGAUGUCUCUCAGCUGGUUAGAAAAAACAGUUGCUGCCUCAUCCCUGCUACUUCUAUUAUCUUUCCUUUCCCCUUUCAGCAUGUCUUUGAUUUCAAUCCCUUUGUCUUUCCCCUUCUCUUCGAUGUAUUUACCAGAGCUAGAUAAUUCAUAUCAGAUUUUCUUGACUGGGAUUUUCUAGAAGUAUACCCUGCACCUCCUUUUCCUACAUCCUCUUCAUGGACAAGGUUGAUUACAUAGUUAAAACAAAUAUUGAUCAUACCUGCACAGUGGGUUUUUUCUAGUUUAUAUCACGAGAUGUAGCAGAUGGUUCUGAUUUCUAUACUCACUGUAUAAAAAAAUGGUUAUUUGCCCACUUUCACUCUAACAAAGGCCAUCUGCUGAAAUGAGAUGGUGGUGAAUGAUGCGGGGAUAGAAGAUGAAACACAUCUUUGAACAUUAAGUUAAAAUAUUAUUACUCCAACUUUGUCUGAAAAAAGGAAAACAAAGCUUUAACUUACCCAGUUUAAUAAUGUGUCUUGCAUUCUUUCUCAAUUCUCUAUCUACACUUUGUUUAAAGCCGAAGGUUUCCAAAUGCUUAGAUUUAGAUAUCUUUAACAGUUUAAUGUUUAAUUUUCUCUUACCCUUGUGAUCCUUCUCAUGUGGUGAACCUCACAACCUCACAUUUGACGAUCAACAGUCAUAGCUGAGGCUGAGCGACUAAAACAAACGACUCACUCUAAAACACGGAUGUUGAAAAUCCAAGCAGUUAAAGUCCCACUCAGAUCUUUUUUUUACUACUUAAAGUGUUCUCAGUGGUCAAUAAAUUAUAAUUAUGGAGUUAUGAGUAUGAGUCUUGGGCGGAGACAGAGCUACUCUGCACAAUCCUCUUCACGCUAGCUUGUAGCCUAACGUUGCCGGUGUUGUAGAAGUGGCAGGUAACAUAGAAGCUAUUCAGCUCUCGGACACUAAUGUCUUUAGGGAAAUGAUGAAAGUUAUAUUUACAGUUAGCUUUCUUAUGAACAUUGCAAUCCACUACCACACAUGCAUGUUUCGCAAUCAUCCUGGCUGUUUCCCCGAGUCUGGCCUGCAUAGCAGGGCUCCAGGGGCGGAGUUUGAAUUUGCUACAUAGGAAAUCUCACUCUGUCUGAGUCUGCCAGAGAUUCACAGCAAUUUGAAUGUAGAAAUACUCAGGAAUGCAAUUUCGCUUUUCUCAUCUGUCCUGUAGGAUCAGAAAAAUGCCAUAUGAACAUGUAGACAACAAGAAAACAUGAUUUUCAACGGAGUGGAUCUUUAACAAUAAAUGGAACCUGUAAGAUCUAUCCGUUUGCACUUCCAUUAGUAAGACUGUUUUGUAUGAAACACACUCAGUUUUCAACCUUACACAUUCCUUCACAUUAGAAAAUCAAAAGCACAUUCACAUUUUAUAUUUACUGAUAGACUUUAAAACUCUCUUUUUUGUGUGUUUAUCACCUAGCGCCUCGUAUCAUCACCUUACUGGAGACAGUGGAUGUUCUUCUGGAUCACAAUGCCACCUUCAUCUGUGAGGUGGAGUCCCGCCCCCCUGCUGAAAUUACUUGGACGAAGAACAACCACCAAAUAAUGUAAGCAUUUAGAAGUUCAUACUUCAUCACCAUAACUCUUUUUCUGCAGGUUUAAAUGCCGUGAAGCUAACAGAAGCUAAAAUAAUCUGUGCCCUUGAUAUGAAAUCAUGCAGUCCCAACGCUUUGAAUGAUGUUUUCUGAUAUUCUGUAGUAUCUCCACACUACUCUCUUUGAUACCUUCAGGGCUGCUGCUGAAAUAUGAAAUCUAAGGCGUCAUAUAAUCCACAAGAGUUAAACACAGCAACAUAUUAACUUAGGAGAACGAAUAUAGUCAAGUCAAUCAUGUAGUACAGAUGGGAGAGAGAUAUUACAAGCCUGAAUUUGCAUGAUCACAUGAUCACAUUUUUGUCCCACCAGGUACUAUGACCCCCGAUACAUUACCAGGGAACAGGGUCAGAUGCUCGUCAUCCCUCGUGUAAGGGAGCCAGACAACGGAGAGUACUGCUGCAUAGCGAGUAAUGGUAUAGGAGAACCAGCCAAAAGCUGUGGAGCGCUGCAGCUGAAGAUGAGUAUGUUUCGAUCUGGGUCAAACUGAAACUCUGUGCACAUUUUCUGAAUGUCGUAAUUUUCACAAGGAAGAGCACAAUAUAAGUUUUCAUACAGAAGUGAAGUCACUGAGUCCUGUUUUUCAAAUCCUCAGAGCCACAGAUCAAACGCCACCCGACCAAUGUCACCCUCCUGGUAGAAUCCAAAGCAGUUUUGCCCUGUGUCACCCUUGGUAACCCCAAACCAGACGUCACGUGGCUGAAGGAUGAUGAGCUUAUCAAGGCAUGUCUGUUUUUUUCUCGUCUUUUCUUUCAACCCAAAUGAAUAAUUUUUUAAAUGAAUGAAUGAAUGAGAGGCAUUACAGGUACUACAUGUUGUCAUCUCUCCCAGAUCAGCGACCGUGUCACCAUCCUUGACUAUGGUGCACUGAAGAUACAUAACAUACAGAAGGAGGAUGCUGGACAGUAUCGCUGUGUGGCCAGAAAUAGCUUCGGCUUGGCCUUUUCAAAGCCUGUGACCAUAGAGGUCCAGGGUAUGUACUGUAUGUAAAUAUGGAUUCACCUCCUGCUUACCAAGUACAUAUGUUCUUUUGAAACUGUAUUUCCAAACAGUGCAAUGCAGUCGAUUGGCUGCUGUUUAUGAGUUGGAUUUAAUGUGUGGUGUUUCUUCUUGUUGUGUGUCAUGUGCGCUCAGCUCCAGCACGGAUCCUGCGGGUUCCGAAGGAGAAAAGGGUCGCAUAUGGAAGCCAGGUUUCUCUGGAAUGUAAUGCCACUGGAAAUCCAAUCCCUACCAUCACCUGGCUGGAAAAUGGGAAUACUGUGAGUGUUCAGAUUUUGGAUUUUGGAGAGUGUAUUCAAACAGUACCAGUCAUCUAAAUGGACCAUGAUCAGAGCGCUUUGCAUGGUGGCUGAGGGAAAGUACCUUUUAACAGGCAAACCAGACUCAGCUGUGUCAUAAUGGGACAGUGCUAGAGGGAUGGAUAGAGACAGACAACAACAACAACAACAGCCCAUCCCAAACACGCUUAUAGUUACAAUGCCAGAAGUAAAAGUGAAUGUAUUUGCAUGAUUAAUAACGGUAAUAGACUGGUCUUUGUGCUUACGGCAGUCAAAGCCAAAAGGUUGCAUAUUAGCAUUUACAAUAAUGAUGCUAACAAUAAGGGUUGGAAUGAAAUUAUCAUUCCAGUCUUCCUCCCACUCACUGUCCAUGUCUGAUUCCUCAGGCUGUAACAGAUGCAAGAUGCUUGUGAUAUCUCCAAGAAUAAUUUGGUCUUGUUCACAGUGGUUGAGUUUCGCUCAAACACACUUCAAGGCAAAAGGAAUCAGACACAAUAGUUGAACACAAUGUCAGCUGCAAAGAAUUACAUAAUGGUUGCUGUGACAAUAACGGAUUAGACGGCCAGGAAAGCCGAAUAAAUUCUCACUUAGAAUUUGUGCACGGUUUAUUCACUUAUAUCUUGCUUCAUCAGCCUCCAUGCAUGUUCCUCUCCUUCUCCCCCGAACAAACACACACAUGCACGCACACACAGUGGAGAUUGGCUGUGGGAUCAGUGUUAUAAACAGUCAAGGAAUUCUCAUUAUGAUGACAGAGGAUUGAAGAGAUUCACUUCCAUUUAGCCAGUGAUUCACAGUGUUAUUAGCUUUAAUUGAGAGUGAGCGCCGAGAUCUUUACUGUGUUGAAAGGUUUUUUAAACUGCUGACUUGAAGGACUCUGGAUGUAGGACUUUUACACAGGGUUGGUGUUUAAUCAUAUAUUAAAAACACACAAUUAAAGAGAAUAAAGUAUCUCAAAGAAAUUUAAUUCAAAAGAAAGUUUUUUUUUUUCUUAAACAAAACCCAAUUCAACCCAUUCAACUCAGGGAUAUCAGGGUCAUGUUUGACCAACUUAAGAAUGUUCAUCAGUGUUUUAUAUGUGCAUAGGUGUGUUGUGCGGGCAGACUUAUACAACAUAAUAUCUGGUCAUUUUAUACCCCUCAGUUCUUGCUACGAUGUGAUUACAGGCCCAUAAUGCUUGUAAACAAUGUGUGUGUGUGCCUGUUGAUUAAAAUUACUGCAUGGACUGCUUUUCUGGCAGCUUGUUGAGGUCGUUAAUUUCAGUGUGACGGGAACAAGCUCGUCCUCCAAACAGGCGCUGUCUAAAACAGCUUUAAAUAUAGACACACUGCACUUCAGCACUUACACAGAGACUGUCACAUAAAGCAUUUUAUAAAUAUUUAUACGAGUGUGAAUACAUGCCCUAAAACCAACCAAACACUUUUGUCUGUCACCAUCUGCCUGGUGUGAAUACCAGGGAAACUUUAAAUGUCUGACAUGAUUACAAGUGGUUAUAUUACUGUUACAUUUGUAUACACUCAGUUUAAUCAACUUAACACCCGUGACACCAUUAAAUGAACGAUCAGCGUUUGAUCACUGUCCAUCUGAAUUUUUUUUUUAUAUAUGACCGGCUUUAAGCUGCUUUCUGAAUUGCAGUAAUUGCAGUAAAACUAAACUGACCUGCACCUUUUCCUUCUCAUAUUUUAGUUGGCAACUCCACUUUUGCUGCUGCCACCCUGUGGUGAAUGUGGGCUACAUAGGAUAUAAGAUAAAGUUCAUUUGUUUGACUUGGUCUGAGUCACUUGAAUCCCCCUUGAACCAUCCUUGCUACCUGGUGUCUACCAUGUUUUGCAGAUGGUUUCCAAAAAAGAUCUCGGUAUGUCUGCUUUCAGACAAACUUAACUAUACUUAUAUAAAAACACUUUGAGGGUUUACUCUUGCAGAGUCAAUACUGAGUGCUUUGAGGUUUGAAACUUCUUCCUAAGUAUGAAUUCACUGUGAUGGUUUCAGCUCAAAAAAGUGCAAAAUAUGUCCUCUGUAAAAGCAGUAAAGAUUGUGUAAAUUCUGUUCGCUUAAUUUAUAUUUUUAUCAAUCCAUGUUCAGACAACUUAAAGACAGAAACCCUCUGAAAAAAUACAGUCUACAGUAUUCAAUUACUGAUUGUCUGAGCAGAAGGGUCAAAAUUUCUUUGGAAUUAAUUGAGCCAGAGCUAAAGAUGGGGAAUUAAAGGGAUAUUCCGGCGUAAAAUUAAGUUAGGGUCAAACACACCAUAACACUGAGUUAGAACGCUCAGGGAAGAAGUGGACACGAGACUGAGUGUUGCUUUUGAAAUGGAACCAUAUAUUAAAGCAAGCAGAUAAUAACCACAGUGCAAUUAUUUACAGUGACAUAUAAGGACAUACAUAACAUGGAAAUGAUAAAAGAAGUACAGUGCAAUAAAUCAGUGAAGUCAGACAAUGUAAAUCAGUUCAAUCAGUUAGUCAAACAACGCGAUGACCAAAUAAGUAAUGGGCAUUUGGCCACCAACAGUUCCUCGCAACACAACAACCCACGUCUGGGUGGAAAGGUGUGAGUCCAGAGGAUUGGAGGAAAAGGGAAAAUGUUGGGUGGAGUGUGUGUGUGUGUCUGGAUUGGUGGGCUGUACAGUGGGGUGAGCGUGUUGCGGCUACAGGGAGCCCCUACCAGCCUGGCAGGAGAGAUGUGGGCUUCCUGGGUCUGUAGGUCACUUCCUUUUAGCUCGCCAUCUAAAAUCUGAGAACCUGGCCUGUAAAGCCAGGGUUCAAGUGAAUCACAAUGUUACAAUCAAUAUACACUGCUCGAAUUUCAGUGUAUACAUAUGUCUUUUCAAUCAAAGUACUGCAGUUCAAUUCAAUCUCAACAUAAUCAUCAUAAUCCACAAUAAGUACAUAGCACUUGCCAUUAGUCCAAAUAAAUGAAAUUUGCAGCAUUUAUGUUAAAUACUCAUUUCAUUCAAUACAUUCGAUUCAGGAAUCAAUGUUAAAUAUUAGCAAUCACCGUUACAUUUUAGAGCUAAGCAUUGGCAUCAUCCAGCUAACACCAUCCAUUCAUCUGAAUGGAGGUGGCUAAGCUAUCAAGACAAACAAUUCUGCUCACCUGUUCACAGUUCAAUCUUCACAUCUACAGCCCUCCUCAAAUCACCACAGACUAGUAACGGGCUCCUAUGAGUUCAAUAAAGUUUGUUACAUAAGGUUGUCCGUUUGUAUUAGUGAAGAACCAGCGACAAUGGAUAAAAACCGACCUGUUGCUCAUCUGUCUCCUGCUUCCAAUCACACUGAAUUACCGCGGUAUGAUAAUCAAACGUGAUUGGCGCCGCGGCGUCACAUGCCGGUAUGACGACAUCGCGUACUUCGUUCUGAUUGGCCGAGCGGGCCAGGUAUCGAUCUCGCGAGAACGGGAUCCAAGAAUACCGCGAAAAGAGAAACAGGAACUGAAUAUGAUUAACAAUGAGAAGCAGGGGUUGAAUUAUCACCUGGGUUACAUGUGUUUGACCGUAAGUUAAUUUUACGCCGGAAUAUCCCUUUGAGGAAUUAUUUUUAAACUUAACUUAAAAUGAACGAAUCAUAUUCAGCCGUAAUUUUGGAUUAUUUACAAAUAGACCAAAAUGUUUUAAUAUUUGACUCCUAGAAAUCAAUCCACCACUCAUUUGCUUGAUGUCACAUUUUUGCUUUUCUUCUCUUCAUGUCUGUCUUUGCAGAUCUCUGGUGCUUCGGUUGAGGAGACUCUGACAGGAGAGAUAAUCCUGUCGGUUCUUAAAGUGACUGUGAAUAAGCCAGCUCUCUACACAUGUUUGGCCUCCAACAAACACAGCGCUGGAGCCAACACUGUCAAGGCAACUGCAAGAGUAACCGUGGCAGGUAAAGACAGACUUUCAUUCCAGUUUGUAACUGACAUACCUGACAGUGCUUAGAAAAGGAUGGUUUUGUUGGUACUCAUGGUCUGCCAUUAUGCUAACUGUUAAAUUAGAAGUGCUUUGUGUGUUUUCAGCUGUCUGUCACCCAUUUGGUUGAUACCACAACCACUCCUGACCACCAACACACAACCACAGUCACCUAAAAAAACACCACCCCCCUCAAAUCGACCACACACACACACAGUGCUCCUCCACCUGGCUGCUCUUUAGUGUUCUCACAGCUAGCAAUGAGUUGGUGAGGGUAGCAUCAUGGUUGGUUUUCUCUUCUUACAAAGACUGAUUUUUGUUGUGUUUCCUUUCCUUAUGUGUAUGCGUCCGUUUUUCUCCCGUUUCCUCCUGCUUGUGUUUCUUCAACCAACGUCUUCCGGAUACUGCCACUUCCCUGUAGAAUGGAGGUAAGAGAAAUGUGUUUUACCGUGUGUUUUUGUUGGUUUUAAAAUAAUGCUUUAACCCUGUUGACACACUUUGAAUCAGAAAUGUUACUCCACAAAUUUUCCAAGAUGCACUUUCUGUACUUUCAUUGUCUUUAAACUAAGGCCUAAUGCUUUUCCUUGGAUUUGCUGUAACAAUAAUAAUGCAUUUUAGCUGUCAGUAAACCCACUGUACCGAGAGGAAGCUGAACUCUCAGUCAUCCAUAUGGUAAAGGUUGAAUUUGAACUUUGCUGAACCACAACACAAAACCCAGUCACCACCACAUCUGGACUAUGUAUCUGCAACAAGAGAGAGAGAGAUAGGAGAAAAUAGGGAGGCAAACGACUUUUUAAGAACCGGAAGAUGAAAAGUUAGCUCUUAGAAGCUCGAUGAGACUUUCUGGGGUGAAGAGAAAAAGUGAGCAAAGGAGACAGAAGAGUGUGGGUCAGAGGCUGACAGAAGGAUCAUACUCAAUGGUUAGAGCUUACAUGAUUUGCCAACUCAUGACCACAUCUGGACUGUGUAUUUAUGGGAUGUAGAAGCAGACGGUCCCUGGGAGAAAGUCAAGAAGACGGGGACACGGUUGCAUGACGUGGUUGAUAGAUUUACAGGUCUGCUUAAGUUUGAUGGUUUGACUUGUACUCCGCUGAAGCACCAACCUCCCCGUGAGGAAACAUCUGGAGUUUGUAAGCGCCGCAGCACACAGACAGGCAGAGAGCAGGGUCGAGUGAAAGCUGUCAGACAGACAGGCAAGCAUUGAGGCCAUGGAUAUGAGGCAGACUGAAAGAAAUAUGAGUUAUAAGCUGGAGGAUAUAUAUGAGGCAGACAGAGCGGUAACUGCCAGGAAUAUGUGUUUAUGACUGAUCUAUUCAAAGUAGAGGAAAGAUGUCCAACAGGCAGGUAGACUGGAGGCCAACUCAUGUGAACUAUAUUCUAAACAAAUACCCAAAUGAUUAUAAGGAAAAACAGUCUGCGCGUUUAUCCAGGAGGGUGACCAAGGGCGGUACGAGUCCAAAACAAUGAUUGGCCAUUUUCCAUGUCAGUUUGUUUGUCUUAUUUUUUAUUGCAAAAUAAGAUAAGAGAGUGCAAGUGUGGGCAUAACGUGGUUAAAGGACCACCCAGAUCUGGUGAAGGGUUAUUGCCCAGUCAGAGGAGCAGAUACAAAUGUGACUGGUCCACAGACAUGCAGACUUGAUUUAGUCUUGCCUGGAACCCUGCACGAUUCAUCGAUUUUAAAUCAAAGUCGGAUUAUUUAAUUAUGACAAUGUUAAAAAAUUACAAUCAUGAAAUUGAUUUUCCCCUCUAUCUCACGCCUCCAGGCAUCCGUAGACUUCCUGCAGGAGUGUGCCCCAGUUCCUAAACACACCAGUGUAAACAAACAUGGCGUUUUCAAAAGAAGAUGAUCAUUUCGGGGCUAAAUAGGGCAAGAGCAAGUUUGUAGUGAUUGGUAUUGGUACGGCUUCGCAGUUUUGGACGCAGGGCAAACCACACCUUGCUGCAAAUGAAUUCAAAUUCAGGAGUAAACGCAAAAGUUUUUUGUUGUAUCAGCGUUUCAUCCACACUGAAAUUGCGUUUCACGUGACUGUAAACGGUACUUUUCGAAAACGUGUCAGAGAGUACGUAAAUCUGCAAACAACUACCAUUUCAUCUCUAUGUGGAUGCCUAUCUGCAUCUCUCUUUAAACGAUUAUGUGACACACAGUGUAACUCUAUUAUGGCGCCCAUGUAUGUCCCGCCAAAACAACCUUCAUACACAUGCUCUGUACUCUUCUUCUGUCUUUCACUGAGCGAUGUUUUUAUAAAUGAUGUCUUAAACCUGUUUAAAGCUCAUCUUUGUUUUAUUUAAUGAUGGAGUUCUGUCAACCCAAAACACAGAUGAACUGUUUGUAUUGCUGAUUGUUAUUUUGUAAGAUGUAAAGCUGUAUAGUUGGUAUCAUUUCAGUUGUUUAUGCACGGGCAUAUUUUUCCAUUCUUUGAACAGACUCUACAAAGGUGUCGCAGGUUACUGCAGUGCGUACCGUGGAGAUGUUUGCCGCGGUAUUCUGCAGGAUGAUCUUCUGGUUUUCUUCAACACCUCCCUCUCGGAUCCUGAGGAUAUGCAGGAGUACAUGGUUCAGAGCUGGUGGACAGAGCUGGAGGGACUCAGUAUGCUGUGUAGCCCUGCAGCACGCUCAUUGAUCUGCCAUUCCUCCUUCUCUGACUGCAAACUAUCAGGGUUAGGCCCAGCACCAAAACCUGUGUGCAGGUAUGUCUUGUCUUUCACAUAUUCAUUUGUGACUUAAGUAUGUUCAGAGUAUAAAUAAAAAUAGAUUUUUUGUCUCUUUUUGUUCUUUUAAAUCAGAGAGCACUGCCUUGCAGUGAAGGAGCUGUACUGCCAUAAAGAGUGGGUGGUCCUCGAGGGCAGCAGCUCUGUGCAGCCGGGCCUCUUCAGCUCUGUUCCUGGAUCUCACACUCCCAAUUCACUGCUGCCCAACUGUCAGGCCUUACCAAGUCUUUACACAGACCCUGAUGCGUGUACACAUGUCCCUUUUGUAGGUAAGACCAAAUCAGAUAGUGUUUAAAUAACAGAUUUACUAUUUUCUGCCUGAUAUGACUCUUGAAAGCUCUUUACCGCGGGAUCGUCCCAGAAGUCUGGCGAUAAAUUCAAAAGGAAAUGGAGGGUCAUGUAAAAGCUAGUAGGAGUUGGCUCGUUUGCUUGUACGCUGAGGGCCAAAUAAAGCUUAGCCUGCUGUACUUCAGGGCAUUGAUACUGAUGAGGUCAUGAAGAGGGUCUGACCAGCUGAGCCAAAAUACACAGCUUUACUCCAGUGUGUGUGUGUUCCAUUCUUUUAAGUACAAAGUAUAACCGUCUGUUCGUUUACUCUGUUAUCUUGACAUGACAGAUUUUUAUGCUGAAGCUGCUUGUCUGGUUCUGCUUCUUGAAAUAGUCUUACUGUUAUCUGCUCUUUUGCAGACAUCAAGAGGGAUCAAAUUACAAGUAAGUGUAAAAUAUUCAGUUUGGAUGCUUUGCAUGCAGCCAUCAGGGCUAAUUUCACACAAUGAUGGUGCAUUUAUUGAACAUAUAUUACUAAAAAACAUUUCAAGACAAUAUCUUUUCUGUUUUGUAUCAACAGCCACAUGUUACGAUGACAGAGGCCGUUUCUAUCAAGGUCACAUGAAUGUGACACGGUCUGGGACACCAUGUCAGUCAUGGAGCCAACAGGUAGAGUAAUUUGUGUUUGUGAAGCAACAGUGUCACAUAGAGGCAUACUGUGUACAACACUUUGUUGAUGUGUAAACUCACAACUCACAAUUCAUUAUUCAGGUUAGUGUUUUUAGAGUUUAGGGGGUGGCUUUCACUUAAAAGGUAAAGUCAGUCAUCUCACAAUAAGAGGGUUGUAGGUUCAAUCCCAGGACCCACUGUCCUCAUGUCAAAGAGUCCUUGAACACAACACUUAACACCAAAGUGUGGCUUGUGAGUGUACCAGCUGUGUGUGUGUGUGUGUGAGUGUGAAUGGGAUUAAUACUAACAGGCGCCUUGCUUUGCAGCCUCUGCCAACACUGAAUGAAUGUAGGGAGAGUGGGUCAAAGUGACAAGUCACUUUGAGUGGGUACUAGGGUACUAUGUGCAAUAUAAAUACAGUGCAUUUACCAUAAUAACCUCAAAACUGCAAUCCACACAAAGUGGAAAUGACUCCCAAGAAGAGGUGGGAUUCAUCACAAUCAUAGACUUGGACUGCAGGGUCACCAACAAAACUGAUACUUGUUAUUUUGUGGGAGGAUGUUCGGUUUUCAUUAUCAAACAUUCCUGACCUCUACCCCGAAACAGAAAAACGCUCAAAAGUGCUAACAAGUGCAAACACAAUCUUAUACACACACACACAUACGUACUGCUUGUACACUGCUCACACUGACACACACUUUCCCUGUGGCCCAAAAGCCUCUUUAUGUUUUUAUAGCUCUCCUCAGUGAGAGGGUCUGUUAGGGUGAACUGUUACUACUCUCCUGUGCAGCGUGUGUGUGUGUGUGUGUGUGUGUGUGUGUGUGUGUGUGUGUGUGUGUGUGUGUGUGUGUGUGUGUGUGUAUGCCAGGUCAGCAGAGAAGGAGGGGCUCAUCAUGUCACAUCCUGCCUCUGGAAGCAAUUAGCUUUCACACGCAUAUGCUGAACAGACUCCCGUACGACCACACUCACAUGAUUAAAUACUUCUUUCUCUCACACAGUCUCUCAGAUACAUACAUGAAAUUGGCUUUUCUUCUGCUCUACAGCCGGAUCCACAAACAUUUGUACAUUUCCCCUGUUUCCCUUUUUUCUACACUCAGUGUUGGCUCGUUCUUGAAGUACACUGAGAGUUUUAUUUUCAUUCCUAUGCAAACCCAGAGUUAUGUUCACCCUAGAGCAGAUAAAACUGGUAAAUAAGGCUUUAAACUUAAAAUAGUCUCUGGAAUACAAGUGUGUAUACAGAGUGGAGUGUCUGUUUUAGUAUCUGUCUGUUUGUCCCAUAGACUGUAUAUACUAUGGACAAUUUGGCUCCGCCUUCCAUCAUUAUUCAAAUUUAAAUGAUGAUGCACAAUUACGUGGUCAAGCUACAUGAAAAAACAUGAAAGUAUUAGUCUUGAAAUGUUUUGGAACCACUGGGCGAGAAUUAACACGAGCUAUUAAGUUACUGAGAACAUUCAGUGAGAUCAAACUGUGAGAAAAUGGCAUGUCUUGGAAUUAUAAAGAAAAAAGACUGAGCUAAUGUGCUGACGACACGUGAAUUAAAAGGUAGACUGUGAGAAUAAUCCCAUCCUGUUUUAGUUCCUGACUAGCACAUAAGCUUUCAUUUCCUUGAAGUGAAUUUAAUAGGCCCCUAUCAUAAUUAGGAUCGUUUCUGCUGAAGCAGUUCUCCCAGCGGACACUGUGGAGCUGAUGGCAACCUUUGUCACAGAUGUAGACCCAGUGGAAAUGGUUCGAAUCCACACUUCGAGCCAUACUUCUGUCUACAUACUUCUGUGUACUUCUGGAUAGACAGAAGUAUGUGGUGGUUAAUGUCUAAGAUGACAUGCUGUGAGACUUCUUUGUUGUAUAAGGCUACUGUUAUUCCCAAAUAUUAGAUUCACUGUCGGGCCAAUCAUACAAAAGUCAAUAAAAGAAAAUCUCACCUGCCACAGGCUACAUCUAGAUUUACUCCAAAAAAAGAGUGCAUGAGUGUGUUUGUCAAGCUUGUCGUGUUUGUCAGCUUUGAAAAGGAAAAAGAAAUUAAGAGUAAAAUUUCAGCUUCUCUCUUGACUCCUGAUCCAUCGAAGAUGUUUUUGAAGAUGGACUUCACAUUUUUUACACUCUUGAGUCCUGAAGGAUAUUAGCAAGAAUCUGAGUUGUUCCAUACAGCACAUGUUCCCCUCCAAAGUUAAAUCCCAUAUAUGUCGAGCACAUACUUACAACACAUGUUACACAUUUUGAGCUGUGCUAGUGGAGUCCUAUUUUGUGCUGAGUCAUGGAGACGCAACACAGCCAAACUUCGAUUCAGAUGUUUAAAUGGAGUCUAUUCAGCACACUAGAAAUGAUUGAACAUGUGUUGAAUGAUUUUUCACACAUACCCCUCAAAAUGUAAGAAAUGAAGUGAAUGACAGGAAAUACUCAGAGCCUUUUGGAGUUGUUGUGCACUUAAAACAACCUUUUUUUCUGUUGUCAGAGAUUAAUAGCAGCCUGGUGGGAUUUAUGCUUCAUCAGAAAAUGUUAGUUCGUGUGAUACAAGGGUUUAAAAGAAAACUACAACAGCUGAGACACCUGUAUUGUUAGAACACUUUGCUUUGAACAUUCAGUAGUGGAUAAAUCCCAUGAGGCCUUUGCAGCUACAGAAGCACAUGUGUUGAACCCAGACCCUUCAGCUUAUAACUUUGCUUCUCGAGGGAAAGGUUGGGCCAGUGCAUUUUUGAUGACUUAAGCUUAUGACACACAAAGACAGCAGAUGUUCAGUGUUUGAGUUGGCACUCUAGGUUUCAAAAACAUCUCACUACCCCCGAUACCCCUCACCGUAGCACAUUUACACCCUCUGCAGUCGUUAAAUCGUAACCUUACCGUGGAUCCCAGACAAGGCCUUAAAAAAUAAAGCAUUACGAUUAUUUAAGCUUUCUGUUUUUGUUUUUCUCUCGAUAAAGAGUAUGAAAUUUCAUGGAAAACACAAAUUUACAUGCAAAAUUUCCUGCACUGACCCUUGAACAUUCCAGGAAAAUGUAAUACAGAAGGAAAUUUACUGAGCGCACUUUUCUUAUCACGAGAGGUCGACUUUGUGUCACUCCUUAAAAACACUCCUGGAUGCACAGAUUGGAUCCAAGUUGCGCUCACAUUACUACUUGAGGGAAUAGAGAGAAGAAAUAGCAAAUGUUUCAGGUCAUAAAUAACUCUUUUAAAAUGCUUUAACUGUCAACACCUCUGUUUUAUUCACCACAGUGUUUUAACUGAGAACACUUUAUUUUUAAGAAAAGGUCAACAAGACUUUUCUCUCUAUUGAUUUUCUCUGUUUUUCUCCUCUCUCCUGUCCUACAGGCUCCUCACCAGCACCGUCUGUCAGCGGACGUAAUUCCAGAGUUGAAGAACUCUGACAAUUUCUGCAGGAAUCCUGGAGGAAUCAGCGACAAGCCCUGGUGUUACACCUCAAAUCCCAAAAUACGCUGGGAGUACUGUCCUGUGCCACAGUGUGGGGACACAAGCAUACUGUCAGGUAGUACCUGCUGGUGUCUUCUACCCCUGAUCUGUUUGGUUCUGGUUUUGCUUGACAGUUUUCCUAAGUUUUUAUUCUGCUAUAAAAGACAAUUUUAUGGGAGGUAUAACUUUAACUGGUUAAACUUUGUUUCUAAUGAGGAAAUUCAAGACAAAAACAUUCAUUCAAUAAGGUCAACAUGUCUUCCUAUGCAUGGUUUCCUUAAAUAGCGAAAUUAUCACCUUGGAUAAGAACUUCUUUUGUCUGACACUAACCCAACAGCAGCUCAUGCAUCAGUAUUAACCAAAAAAACUCUCACAGGAGCCCAAAGUUUAAGUAGUGAAGUUGAUCAGCCAAGCAGCUUCAUUUGAAAACUCUCUUUGACUGUCAGUGAUGAAAUCGGAGACACCAGGCCCUCGUCAUACUCCUCGCCCGCCCCCAGUGGUGGUAUCAUCUCCAGCUUACUCCAUGUCCGUCAUCGUCAUCAUCCUAACUUCGAUCGCAGCGGCAGUUCUCCUCACGAUUGUCAUCCUUGCCUGUCGCAGACGGAGGAAGCAGUGGAGAAACCGGAAGAGGUGAGACUCAAAUAAGACUCACUGUAUAUAUCAGGGAGUUUAUAACUUACCAUUCAUUACUCUUCUGCUGUUCACAGAGCCAUGGAGACCCCAACGCUGAGCACUCUUCCCUCAGAGCUCCUGCUUGAUCGGCUCCAUCCAAACCCCAUGUACCAGAGGGUUCCCCUGCUACUCAACUCAAAACUCCUGGCCCUUGAGUAUCCCAGGAAUAAUAUCCAAUAUGUCAGAGACAUUGGAGAGGGAGCCUUUGGACGGGUUUUCCAAGCCAGGUGAUCUAUCAAUUAAUCGAUCAAUUACUGUACUAUCAACCGUCUAAGGAAGUAAGAAGCAGUAGAGGGAAUGAGAAGCAUCUCCCGAAACUAAGAGUGACUUUAAGAUGAGAUACUUCUUUUAAAAUGCACCCUUACUCUUAAAAAUAUAUCUAAAUGAUUAUAUAUUAUAACUAGAGGUUGAAUGUGUUGGAAAGAUGUUUCUCUGAGGGACGGAGAGUCAGACAGUCAGUCAGGCUGCAGAGGGUUUCGCUCAGCAAGGCCAGCGGUCACUUUGAGAACUGCUGCGUCAUUCACAAAGUCACAAGGCCAGUUUUUACAGGUGUCACUUACACUCCAUACUAAUGCUGUCCACAGCAAGACAUGAACACCGUAGACUAAUCCCUAAGAUUAGACGUGAAACUAGACUUUGGUCAUACAGUAGUUGGGCCGAUAUAUCUUAGUUUUUUCUCUUUUAAAGUGACUUUAUAAAGAAUAAAAAGUUCUGCGUGAUAAUUUCCCUUCAAAGUAAAAUAAAACCUUUGAAACUUGGAUCCAAACAGGAUUGACAAUCUAAGGCAACUCACAUCUGGAUACAGUAUUCUUUGUGUGUGUGAUGUUUUAUAUAUACAGCACAUACUUAUCUAUUGUUUAUCUUUUGUACUGCAUGUACUGCCAUUUAAAAAAGUUUAUGCGGCAUCUAAAUAGAAAUCUAAACUGAGAUAAAACAUGUUGACAUGAGUUCCCCCUCCAGUCAGACAACACAGGAAAUGUGUUCGUUUGUGUUGAUGCGUUUUGUCAGCUGUGCACUGUUAUGUGUGUUUUCAGAAGACUUGCAGCGCUGACGUAUGCGUGCGUUUCUUGUCAGCGCUUUAAUAUAUCCGCGCAUGUUUGUUUGUUGCAGAGCGCCGGGCCUGCUGCCAAUGGAAUCUUUCACAAUGGUGGCUGUUAAGAUGCUGAAGGAGGAAGCCUCGGCUGACAUGCAGAAUGACUUUCAGAGAGAGGCGGCGCUGAUGGCAGAGUUUGACCAUCCGAACAUUGUACGACUCUUAGGUAAGUGGAUACGAGUGUGUGUAUUUGUGUGAGAGAGAAAGAUAGAGAGAGAGGAAGGGGGUGAGGGUGCAGAGCCAGAUUCCCAGAUAGUAGAGUAACAGCUGGAUUCUGGAUCAGUAAUUUUUUUUUAUCCAUGAGACUAAAAAAAAGAUCCAGAAUCAUGGAAAGAGAAAGAAACAAGACCCAUUAAGGCUGCAUUAAAGCCCUGAGCGGGCCCUCGAACCUUCAACUAUGUCAGGGGUGUGAUGCCCGCUGGGGUGGUGCCAAUAACAGCAGCAGUCACAGCGUUUGUUGCUGAUGUGGUGUUUUCAUAGAAAAAGGAGUCAUCAAAAAGACUCUGAAGCUGUGUGUUUUGAACCCGGCAUGAACUGUAAGCACACUUGUGUUGCUGUGCUCAUGCUUCAAACCUUUGAUACCUUUGAGGAGAGGAGAGGAGAGGAGGUAAGGGAAAGUAGGAACAUGUGAGGAUACAUGACAUGAGUCUUCAUAGAGUAUAGAUGACGAACCAGCUCCUGUAUUGACUAUCAGGCAUAUUUAGGUCUACAAAAAAGCAACUUAUUCAGCAGAAAGCAUAAUAAUUAUUCCUUACAUUUCAACACACCCUUGGUGCUAAUUUGACACGAUAAAAAAGCCAAAUUUUUCAUUAACAUUGUUAUGAAUUGCAUUUUGGGUAAUGGUUCAGCUCAAUCAAUUCUGCAUCCAUUUUGAUACACAGUCUACCAUUACACCCCUUAUCUAAUAAACCAGCGUUUCAUAGAGGAAUAAGUGCGGAGGGAGGUAUCUCUGCAGCAGAAAACGCUCUUAAACCUCCUGCUCUUGUUCUUCAGCUAUUUGAACUCUUUUUCACUGUGAUUCAUUGGAGCUUUUUGAGACACUGAUAAGACUGUUUGGUGGUAAACAAGCGCUGCUUGACAACAAAAAGGCCUUUGUUGGCCUGAGUGAGACAAAUGUCCUCUAUUAAUUUUUAUCCAGACUAAUACAGCUUAUCUAAUCUAAUACAAACAGAUUACAUCCCAAUAUACUUCCAGGAAGACAUUUAGACAUACAGCAUACUGUUGGAGAGUAAACACAGCCAUGGGCAAGUGGCUGUGUGUGCAGGGAGAAGUUUGUUUGCUUUGGUUCAUCUUACGGCUCCAGUGGUUGUGAAAUGCUUUUUCAUUCAAGUCGACAUUCACUACAAGCAAAAAAAUGACAUAAAUACAGAGAGAAAAUAACUGCAGAAUCAUACGACCUCUGUAGAGUUCGUCAGGCGUGUUAUAUGCACAGUGACAAACUGAAACAUGGAGGUCUCUGAAGACAUGAAACAAGAGUUGAUUAGAUUACUGAGUUAACUUCUACUGACCCUCUGGACUAAUAAUACACUGUAAAUCAUGUGUAAAAAUAUAUGUAACAUUCAUGACAUGCUUGAGUCAAAGUUGGAGGUGCCAUAUGUCUCCUUGCUGUCUCUCUUAGUUGUCUAUAUACAGGUGGGACUCGUAUAUUUAGAGUUGAAGUGAACCAUUAUGAUCCAGCGACUGACCUUUAGGCAAGCCUGCUACUGUUGAACUACCAUCACCCACCACCCCCCACACACACUCUGGAGAGCACUAAUCAGAGCUUGUCCUCCAGGGAUCUGUCCUUCUCUGUGACCCACAGGACAUGAACUCACUGAGCGUGGUCUUCAAGCUGAAAAAGCAUCCGAGACAGUUUUGAAAAAAAAAAGGUCCUGAGUUUGCAGCUGUUUGUUGAUAUUGUUGCGCUGGCAUUACAAUAAGACAUCUACAUUUAUCAGGGUCGCCUUGUGUCUGAUUUUUCCAGUGUGUUUUUGCGUCACUGUGGAGUGAUUGCAGUCCCCACUCGGCCAUCUGUGUGCCCCUCAAUUUUGUAUGUUUGACAGAGUUUACAAGCAGAUCUCUAAAUUUCACACUCAGAGGCCUGCAAUAAGACUCAGUGAACUUCUCUGACCACAAGAACACCAAUCAUCGGAAAAAUUCUGAUAAUUGUGCAGGACUCGAACUAAAAUUAGCUGCAGAAACAGAAACUUAAACUUCUGUCUGAUAAACAGUUUCUUUUUCUUUUCUUACCGUUGGCAAACCUGGUGAUUUAUCAUGAUCGUUGGUACAUUUUCCACAGGCUCAUAAAGAAGUAAAAAAACUGGAGUCGGAGUCAAUGCCAGUUUUUAUAAAUAGGACGUCUACAUCUUAUGCAGAGAAGUUUGGGCUUCAACAGUGAGCGCUUUCAUUUGACGGAGCACCAUUUCCAAACAGAUUCGCAGGAAUGCAUGCACAAGCAUUCUUUAAUAAAGGCUGAGAAGAAGAUAUAAGGAUGAAUUUGUUGAAUGCAAGACUUUCCUUAAAUCGCUUCGUCUUAGGAAGUUUGUUUUUCAGGGAACUCCCGCUGAAAUUAUUCAAUAAGAGGUUUGUUUUGACGAAUGUGUCCAUGCGGGAAAAGCCCCUGCUGUUUGAUAAAUGAUGUUUUUAUUUUCCAGCAACUUUAAUUCAAUCAUCAUAAUCUCACUCAGAUUCAUCAGAAAUUCAGACACCGCCAGAGAAAUCCUGCCCGUAUUUCCCUCCAGCACUGACAGAUUCUGAGGAACACAAGAUCGGUUUAGAAAUAUAGUAUGUUUACAUCACAGGGCCACUAAUCCAAGACUGUAAAUCCUCUGUGCAUGAGGGUUUAUUCCCGAGAAAGUAGACUUCAGGGAUGGUUGAGUCUGUAUUUAUGUCGAUGCUGAAUAUUUAUUUACCUUUAACUGUGAAUGAACUCAUUGAGUGAUACUGGCAGGAGACAAAAUUACUUCAUUCAACACGUUUGAGUCAUGUCACUGAUGUGUUUGUGUUGUUGGUUUUUCUUCUCCUUAAAUCUGAGAUGGAGAAACUCAAAACUCACAAGCCUCCUAUAUUAUACAAUAAUAAACACAUAUCUUUCUCUGCUUUCUUCCCCAGGUGUGUGCGCAGUGGGUAAACCCAUGUGUCUGAUGUUUGAGUACAUGGCCCAUGGGGACCUCAAUGAGUUCCUGCGUCGCAGAUCUCCCUCACAAUCUGUACGUACCCUCAGCAGAGCCAGCCUGUCAGGUCGCAGUUUUUCCUUGGAGAUGGAGGCGGUGUCUCUCUCCUGUGCUGAGCAGUUGUCAAUCUCUAAGCAGAUUGCAGCAGGAAUGGCUUACCUAUCAGAGCGCAAGUUUGUCCAUCGUGACCUUGCUACCAGAAACUGCUUGGUUGGGGAGGAGAUGGUCGUGAAGAUUGCUGACUUUGGCCUCUCCAGAAACAUCUACUCAGCAGAUUACUACAAAGCAAACGAAAAUGAUGCCAUCCCAAUCCGCUGGAUGCCUCCAGAGUCUAUUUUCUACAACCGCUACACCACUGAGUCAGACGUGUGGGCCUACGGUGUGGUGUUAUGGGAGAUUUUCUCCCACGGCAUGCAGCCGUACUAUGGAAUGGGUCAUGAGGAGGUUAUUUACUAUGUGCGUGAUGGCCACAUCCUCUCCUGUCCCGAGAACUGUCCUCUGGAGCUGUAUAAUCUGAUGCGGCUCUGUUGGAGCACACACCCCUCGGACAGGCCCAGCUUCAGCAGUAUACAUCGAAUACUGGAGCGCAUGCAUCAAAACACACUAAGCGUGAAUGCUGAAACUGAGGCUGACUGCUAA